AUGUACAGGUGGGGCGCGGACGCGCGGUAUCUCCAGUAUCGCGCCGCGGCGCCGCCGCGCGAGGACCCGCUCGCCACGCGCGGGCUCCUCCCGUCGUUCGCCACCGUGCGCGCGUCGUCGUCGGGGACGGGGACGGGGACGGGGACGGGAUGCGCGCCGGACCCGAACGCCUCCGCCGCCGCCGCCGCCGCCUCCGCCGAACCGCUCGCGCCGGCGCGUCCGCUGGCCGUCGACGAGAUGCUCGCGGACCCACGAGCGGCGCUCUCCGCGAUGCCCGAGCACACGCAGCGGCUCAUCCUCGCGCAGAGCAUGCUGAGCGUGCAGCAGCGAUUCACGUCCGAGCUGCGGCGGCGGCACUUUUUACAUCUGGACGCGUCGAGGUGCGUUCUAUACACUGGUCCCCAUACGACCGCGUUGGCGUGGUGA